AUGGGACAAAGUGUGCUGAGAGACUUGAACGUUCGAGUGGUGGGCUCUGGUGAGAAAAUCCUCGUCCUAGCCCAUGGCUUCGGCACUGAUCAAUCCGCAUGGCAGCGCAUUCUGCCCUUUUUCUUGAGCGAUUAUCGUAUCGUGCUCUAUGACCUCGUCUGUGCCGGUAGUGUUAACCCGGAUUUCUUUGAUUUCCGCCGUUACACCUCCCUUGACGCGCACGUCGAUGACCUCAUCCACAUCCUUGACGCCCUUGGGGUCAACCAGUGCGCCCAUGUCGGCCACUCCGUCUCGGCCAUGAUCGGGAUUCUUGCCGCCAUUAAACGCCCUGAGCUCUUCACUAAGCUUAUCCUCAUCGGUGCCUCUCCAAGGUUCUUGAAUGAUAAAGACUACCACGGCGGAUUCGAAUACGGAGAAAUUGAGAAAUUGUUCUCUGCAAUGGAGGCCAAUUACGAGGCGUGGGUCAAUGGGUUUGCGCCGCUGGCGGUGGGGGCGGAUGUUCCGGCGGCUGUUCAAGAAUUCAGCCGCACUUUGUUCAAUAUGAGGCCAGACAUAUCGCUGUUCGUCUCUCGCACGGUAUUUAACAGUGAUCUAAGGGGUGUACUAGGCCUAGUAAAAGUGCCAUGUUCAAUAAUUCAGACCGCCAAGGAUGUGUCUGUCCCGACAUCUGUGGCGACGUACCUAAAGAACCACCUCGGAGGGCGGAGCACGGUGCAUAUGUUGAACGUGGAGGGGCAUUUACCCCACCUGAGUGCACCCAAUUUGUUGGCUCAAGAACUCCGGCGAGCUCUAUCCCGGUGA